UUUUUCAAAGAUUUCGUAACUAAAGGCAAUAUGUUGCACACGUGUUCCCUGCCUUUAUAAACGACUGCUUAUACCAUUAAAUUCACAUAAAUUGUUAUUUUGCAGAUCGAGACCUAUCUCAUAUAAAUUGUGGGAUGAUCACAAUAUUUUAUUUUUUGCGUACAUAGUCAUAGUCAGUACAACAUAGAUUCUUAAACCAAGUAUUUGUAUACUAUUCAGAUCAGUGCUUAAACCAGGAACAUAUAUAUUAGAUAUUAGAUAUACUGUUCCCAGCUUAAACCGACAGAGGAAUUAAGAACACCGUUUAAACUUCACGAAAAAAGAUGUCUGAGUAUGAAAAGGUUUUAAAACAGCUUGGUUCAUAUGGACCUUUGCACUAUUUUGGGAAAUAUCAGUUUAGAGUAUUUAUUAUUGUAAGCCUGUUCGAGACACCAGCAGCAUGGGCAAUGUUGUUACCUAUCUUAAUCAAUGCAAAGCCAACAUGGACAUGUUAUGAGAAUAGUGUUAAUGCAACUAGUAAUAUGACACUUAAUUAUACAAUGAACGCAUGUACAGCUGAUAAUAAAAUGUGUUCUACCAUUAAAUUCUCAGAGGACUUUACUUCUAUCAUAUCAGAGUGGCAUUUAAUCUGUGACAAUGAAGGUAUACCAUCAAUUAUCACUACCAUACAGAUGGUUGGAGUAUUUCUUGGUGCAUGUAUCACAGGACAGCUGGCAGACAAGUAUGGGAGGAAGAAACCUCUAUAUCUGGAGUACCUAUUACUACUUAUAUUACUCUUUUGUAGUGCAUUUGUUCAAUCAUGGCAGACAUUUACUGUCCUCAGAUUCUUCAUUGGUGGAUUAGUUGGAGGUGUGUUAGUAACCAACUUUGUCUUACCACUAGAAUAUGUUAUUCCAUCAUGGAGAGUAUUUUGUGGAUGUGUAGGUUUCUGGGCUGUGGGAUUGAUGCUGCUAGCUCCUCUAGGAUAUUUUAUCAGGGACUGGAGAACACUAACAAUGGUGUCAUCACUUGUAGGAUUGCCCAUGCUUCUUAGCUGGAGAUUAGUACCAGAAAGCCCUAGAUGGUUGCUAAGUAAAGGUAGAUAUGAAGAAGCUAAACAGAUUAUACUUACCAUGGCAGCAUAUAACAAAGUAGAUAAUCCUGAUCUCACUCAACUACAUAUAUCUAUGAAAAUAGAUGGUAAUAACAAUAAAGGAUGUCAGAUGUAUAGCUACCAUAAUCUUUUUAGAAAUCCAAAGUCUGCAUUCCACAGUUUUAUUGCUAUGUUUAGUUGGUUUGUUUCAAGUUCAGUGUACUAUGGUUUAAACUUUAACACUAAAAAUUUAGCUGGUGAUAGAUACAUAAAUAUAUUCAUUUCUGGAGUUGUAGAAAUACCAGCAUUAGUAUUUGUUUUACUUAUUAGUAAUAAAAUUGGACGACGAAAGACAAUCUCAAUUUUAAUGAUGUUAGCAGGAAUCUCAUGUUUCUCAGUGUUAUUUAUAGACUUAGCUGUUUCAGGUGAAAAGUCAUCUGGUUUAACAUUUCUAACAAUAGUACUAGCCAUGCUAGGAAAGUCAGGAAUAGCUGGUGGCUGGGCUGCAGUUCAGGUUUUCUCUGCUGAAACUUUCCCAACUGUUGUCAGGAAUAUAGGUAUUGCUGCAUGUUCUAUGUCAGCCAGAGUAGGAGGUGUAGUAGCUCCACAGUUUGUUAGUUUAAAUUCUAUUCAACAAUCAUUACCAUUCACAAUAUUUGGAGGAUUAGCAUUAGCCUGUGGUGUUUUAGUCUGUUUCUUACCAGAAACUGCUGGGAGACCAUUACCUGACAAAUUAGAUAUGGAUAGAAUAGUGGAAGCUCCUCUCACAGAUAAAGGUCGAAAGAACAAAAGUGGUAACGAAGAAUUACUUGAAAACAUCCCUUUGCAGAAUGAUUAUACAGAAGAGAAUUGUAUAUAAGCAGUUGUGUUGUGAUAUAGUUGUAGUAUUAAACAUGAACAUUGUUAGACCAGAGUGCAAUUUCAUUUAGAUUUUUCUUAGGAGAUAGAAAUUAUUGUUAUAUUUAGACCCUGUUAUGUAUAGUUAAUCUAAAUUUUGUUAAUAAUGAUUGAUUGAUUGAUUGGUGUUUAACGCCACUUUCAACACUAUCCAGCUAUUUCAUAUCGGUCAGUUUUUAUUGGUGGAGGGCCCCCGGAGUCCUUGUAGAGAACCACGACCUUCGGUAGGAAAACUAUCCAUCCUAGUCAAUUAAGAUUCGAGUGCACCUACCACAUGCAGGAUUUCAACUCACAACAAUCAGGGUUGACAGGCUAGUGAUAUAGUUGUUCAACUACUUAGACUACUCAGCCAUGGAGGCCCUUGAUUAAUAAUGAUUACUGUUUGCUGAUGUGUAAAAACUAAGGUAUAAGUAUCAAGAGAAAAUAUAAAUGAAAAUGUCCUUUUGAGUCAAAAUCAUGACAUAGAAAUUUUGCUCAAAUAAGUUUAUUAUAUUUGUUAAAAGAAAAAUAUCAAAUUUUAUGUUGCCAUAUUUAAAUGGCUUAAGGUCAUACUAAUGUGUUCAAUUUUUAUUAGAAUAUUUAUAAACUAUUAAUGAAUUUCAUUCAUUACACUUUUGUAUUAUUGAGUGUAAGUCCUUUGAAAACACUUUUAUAAACCAGUUUUGUACUUAUUACUGGUAUCAAGAUCUGUGUGUUAGUUGUUCUUUAUUUAGACUUUUUAGUCGAACCAAUUUUAUUAACCUACAUGUAUGUGGCUAUUGCCAAGUGACAAUCCAUCCUCUUUAGUAUUAUGUUAAAUAACAACAGGCAAUUAUUAUGUUUUGUAUGUUUUUAUACCUGAUUACUAUUGUGCUAUUGUAUCAAUCACAGACCUGCCAACUAUCCCGAUUUACAGGGGAUAUCCCCCAUGAGAGGUGUUGACCUGAAUUUUGAAAUACUUUAUUAUAUUAACUGAAGACCUCAAAACAGGCAUUCAAAUGAGAAGGAAAGGUAUUUAAGCACAUACAUACUCAUUCAAACAAUAUAGAAGUAGAUUAAAAACACUUAUGACAAUAUAAGAGCAUUAGGCCCUCUUGUGCUUCAAAUCCCCCAUGCAUUCAUCAUUACACCAUCUUAAUUGUAGAUUUGUAUACAGAUUGUCUCCAUGAAUAAACAAUACCAACAUUAUUUCUAUAAAUAAAAGUUAGAACAAUAUUUUCCAAAUCAUAAUCAAACCAUAGAUGCACUUUUUUUGAACAAUUUUUAUUAUUCCAUUUGAAAUCAUUUGAAGCUGUGAAUCCGAAAUAGGUUUAUUUUUCAGUUGAUGAAAUUAACUUUAAAUCUGGCAUUUGAAAAUUUUUAGCACUUUAAAUGUUUUAACAUGAGCCCUUGAAAAUAGAUAUUUCAAAAGAUGAAAUGAAAAGGAACGUAUGAGUGUGAUGCUCCAAAUUAUAACUUUGGUGUGUUCUGAAGUCACAUUCAAUCUUAUAUACAGAUAGUCUCAUUAUAUUCUAAAUCUAUGAGUAUUUGAUUGUUAUGCUAUAAAUAAGAUAUUGUCAUGUUUAUCACAUUUUAAUUUGUCUCAUAAGAAUUUGGAUAUGAAUCUUUAUGUGAUUAUUUAGUUAUGAAUUUCCAGGCCUAUAUCCAGGAUGUAUCUGGAAGGGGGGGUUGUAUUUGGGGUCUUUACACUAUGACUUUUAUAGUAAAAGUUCAAUCUGAAUCUCGACUUUUAUAGUUUUUUACAGUCUUUUUUUGUUUUCAAUUAAUCCUCUUGGCUAUGGGUGUGAUUUCUUCAUGAAGUU